AUGUCUUGCGCGGAUGAGAUUGUAAGCACAGCAAGUGUCAAGGAUUGGAAGCCCAGUGCCCAGGAGAAUGAGUGGAAACCGGCCGGUCAUUUCGCCGGGAAGAGCGCCGAUGAGGCCUCAGUUAUGGAUGCCGAGUCUGUACCGGGAACCUCUAGCUGCGAGGGAGAUGUCGAGGUUUUCAUGGUUGCAGUCAAACCUGGACUUCAAUACAGAAAGAAAGGGAUUGCAGAAGGCCUCCUACGGGUAUGUGAGCUACAAAUGAAGAAACAGUUUCCUCCAAGAACAGAUCAGGUGCUAGUAAUGCUGAGAGUUGUUCGAGAAAUCAAUAGCCAAUACUGGCUGAAAAAAGGAUACCAGAUUGUUGGCGAACGCUACUGCCCGCCCAUAACAUGGGAUGUGGAAAAGGCAUUUAUUUUACUGGCCAUGAGAAAAGACAUUUAG